UCGCACCGUACGUAGUAUGCUUGCGGUCUACCGCGUACCAUUCAACGGCUUGUCCGCUAGGAUCCAUGCAGAUGUUGGAAAUACGCGGCCGAGUAAGCUGGAAGACCUCUACAAUACGUCUGAAUGAUGAUACGUAACAAAGCUUAUUUAACAAAAAGUUUCGGUCGACGAAUUGAAUCCGAAGGAGAGCCCGCACUCGAUUCCCUCUUUCUUCAUCUCACCCCUAAAGGAGGUGUGGAAUAAGAUCAGAGCGCGAACCGUUGAUCGUGUGCGUGCAACGGUGGCGUUGCUCGAACGCGAUAGAGAAGGUACGAAGAGCGAAAGAGUGGCACGAUCUUACGGAUGGUUCGAGUGAGGAUCGGUGGUGGGGAUGGAAGGGCGGUCUGCGCAUGCGCGGCUCGCGGCGGAACAGCUUCGCGCGGCGACGCUCAGUCUCGUCUGUCGCAAUCCAGUGCAGAUAUACGUGCAAUUACCCUGUCAACAGUGCUUAAAAUCUCUCGCGGUGCGAGUGCCGUUGCUGCUCGUACAGUGAUCGAUAACGUUCGCCAACCGAUAACCUCUUCCGGUUCAUCGGUUCGACGGAAGAGAAUCGCGCGACGCGGUCCACGUGAAGGAAAAAUUAAACGUCCCUCCGUCUCGCGGUUCACGGCGAUUCGAAUCGCCGCUGUCGCCACCGCCGCCCGCCGUCUUCCGAGCGUAGCCGCGAUCAGUCGGUACCGCACGCUGCGCCCGGUGAGUUUGACGUUUCGGGCAACGUGUGGUUAAACGGUUACAGUUCAGUCAAGGGUGGUGUUCGACGUCCGCGUGUACGAUGACUGUUUCGUGAAAUCAGUGAAAUCAUCGAUGCGCUCUCAACGGUUUCUAACCUAGUUUGAUAAUCAGCGCAAGACGUAACCGCGUGUGAAGUGUCAUAGUGUGAACAGUGAAGGAAAAGAACAAAGUUACCACGGAUUCGAGAUGACUCGCCACCUGUGGCUAAGUGUAACGUUGGUUUUCCUCGUGAUGUCAGGUGCGAGCUGCCUGCGGGAUGUCAGCCUAGAAGUAGUUCCGGAGGUGGUGCAACGUGGUCAGAAGGCGAUUCUGCGCUGCCAUUACGAUCUCGAGAAGGCUCCUCUCUACUCUCUCAAGUGGUACCGUGGCAACAGUGAGUUCUACCGUUUCACGCCAAGCGAGGAACCGACCACGAUGAUCUUCAACAUAACCGGAAUUCACGUUGACAUUGACAACUCGAACAAGAGCCAAGUUACGUUGCGGGAUAUCGACUUCGCCGUCUCGGGUACGUUCAGUUGCGAAAUUACAGCAGACGCGCCGACAUUCUCCACAGCCUCUGGCGAGAAGAAUCUUACGGUAGUGUCUCUACCCGAAGGCACACCCAUUAUCGUAUCGGAACGCGAACGUUACGACCCGGGAGACACUUUGAGGGCAAAUUGUAGCUUACCACCCUCCGAGCCAGCGGCUCAUCUCUCAUUCACCCUGAACAAUGUGCCGGUGGAUUCCUACACAAAACACCAGCCGCAGCAGUACCCGCAACAGAAGUGGGAACGCAACGACGCCCCCGCGCCUCGCUCCGAUCAGCUGGAGAAUCUACAGUGGAUCGAGAUCCGAGUGAAACUUCAACCGUUCCAUUACUCGAAUGGCCAGCUGAAUUUACGAUGCAGCGCACAGAUUCCCGGCAUAUAUUCGGCGAUAAGCGAGGUGCAGCUUGGUGCUGGAUUGCGCGAACCCGUGCCCGAGAGAGUGACCUCGGAUAACGGAAGUGAAGCUUCUGCGUCAACCUGUUUGAUGAUUCUGACGGUGUGUACGGUCCAGCUGCUUCUGAGAUAGUCGCGACACGUUUGAGGCCACGGAAAGGGAGCUCAUGGGCGUCGCACGAUAAACAGCGCACUAGUCAAACGAAGGAGUAAAGGUGGAAGGGAAUAGAGGGGCAGUUUAAGGGACGAUCGAACCGUAAAAGGGAGAAAGGGAUAUUGUUGAAAUUCGACAUGGAUAUUACGUGUUUUUCACCGUGCUCGGUUCGGUUUUUGUUCGAGGAACGAUCGCGUAUGCCGUCGCUUUAAUGUUAUCCUCGUCGUACGUCCCCGAAUUUGCGAUCGUUUCGCCGAAAUCGAGACGCGACAACACAAUUUAACACACGGUUCACUGAUACGCUUGUCUGGACUGUCGGAGAUAAAUGUCCGCCGUGGCUAAGGAACAUUGACGCGAUACGCUUUCCGACUCGGCACACGCGCGGAUCUCUCCAGGCGAAUGCGUUCAACGGCGUUUCCGAUUUAAAAUGCUCAAACGAUUUCGCGUCUGGUAAGUAGCGAACAAACGGAUGAUCCUUCGAGGAUGUUUUGAAAAAUGCUUCUGAGGUUAACGUGUGUAUUAUAUUUGCCGAUGGCCAGGAAAAUUUCUGGACAUUUUAUUUGAAAUAAUUAUUUACUGUGGUGUUAUUUUAUAAUUUAUUUUACGAAUUUCCUGGGAAGAUUUUAUGCACAGUAAUGCAGUGUGGAUCUUGAGACGAGGAUCUUCAAUGACAAUUAAAGAAUACAUAUUACAAUCACUUAGCGAAUUAAUAUCUAUUAAUAUUAGCAAUUAUGUCUUCUCACUUUUCAUUUAUUAUUCUGUAUAAUAAUGGUAGAUGUCACAUCGUCAAAUGUUCAGUUUACCAAUUAUGUGUUCUUUAUAACAGCCCCUAGAUCGAUUCGUAGUGGACCUCGAAGGAAUUUAUCUGAUUUCUCUUCUUACAUCCCUCGACAUAGUAAUUAAACUCCUUAUAUAAAAUUAGUAUUGAAAAUAGUCAAAAGAGGAAAGUAUCACUAUUUUAAAUUAAAGUAACUGCAUACCCAGAAUUUAUAAAGAAGGUUAGAUAGUUAUAAUUCUUUUAUUUUUUUAUAUUUUGAUGUAUUUAUUUAUAAAAUAUGUUUUUUGAAAAUCUUUUUAAACUAAAUGAAAUAUUAUGUGACAAAGAACUGCCACUUGAGAUUCUAAAAUUAUGCCAUCAUAAGCUCGUUGAGUUUAGAUUAUUCAUGGUAUUUAAAAUAAAGUUUUAUAGCUUUGGUGUAACUUUACAUAAUAAAUUUGUAAAAUGUGCUUUAGAAGUUUUGGAAAGAAAAACAGAGUUAAAGUUAAACUGAAAUAACUUAUUGAUUUUUUGAACUUUGCAAAUUUUCUGCCACCUGUAUAUGGAUCAUUAUUACUUAUUUAGAAAUUAUGCAAAAUAUUUAAGAAUGUGUAAAUUAGUUCUUUAAUACCUUCUAAUAGUUUAAAUUUUGCUGCCAGAAGAUUAGUAUUUUUGAAGAUUCUAAGUAGAAUUAUUCCUUAAAUAGUGACCAUCCCUGCAUUUAAUGUAUUAAUAAUUAAUUAGCCUUCCUUUUUGCAAUAACAAUUUGUUACUUUCCAGUUUCUCAGUAAUUAACUUUUUAGAGGCCAUUACUUAAAAAUUAUCCCU